UGUCAUUCGUAUUGAACGUAGUGCAAAGAGCGGUGCGAAUUUUGAAAUGAGAAACACGAAUGGUUUCGUUCUUUACCCUUUCCCUUUCUUCACGCUCCACUCUUAUAGUAAACCCUAGAAUUUUAAAUUCCAAUUUCAAACGUUACCACCAUUCCCAAAAUUCAAACUUUCUUCAAAUUCAAUCAUCUCCAAUGUCUUGGUCAUGCAAAAAAUGCACUUUCGUCAAUCCACCUUCUCAAAUAUCUGAAUGCGAAAUCUGUUUUUCAUCCCCUCCACACCCCUCUUCUUCUUCUGCUACUUCUUCGUCUUCGUCUUCUCCAAAAUGGUCCUGCAAAUCAUGCACACUCUUUAACUCUUACAAAAACCCUAUUUGCCAUCUCUGCGGUACACGUAACACCGUUCUUUCCAUUUCCAGCUUCAACGAUAUCAACGACAUCGAUGAUGAUUCUUCCGUUGGCUCUGUUUUCUGGCCUCUUCGAUCGUGCAAGAGGAAAGCAGUAGAUUCGCUUGAAGAUUCUGUUCAACCGUUAGUAGCCAAGGAAUCCAAAAAGGCUAUUGAUUUCGUUGAUUUCUCUGAAGAUUUUGAUCAACCGUUAAAAGCCAAGGAUUCCAAAAGGGCUGUUGAUAUUUUUGAUUCCUAUGAACAUUUUGCGAAACCACUAGAGAGGGUUGAUUCUGGUAAAGGUGUUAGUUCGUUGAAGAUUUUGAGUUACAAUGUUUGGUUCCGUGAGGAUUUGGAGUUGGAGAAGAGGAUGAAAGCUAUUGGUGAUCUUGUUUUGAUGCAUUCCCCUGAUUUUAUCUGUUUUCAGGAGGUUACUCGUGACAUAUAUGACAUUUUCAAGCUAUCUACAUGGUGGAAUGUAUAUCAUUGUUCAGUUUCUUCUGAGAAGGCUUAUUCAAAAGCCUACUAUUGUAUGCUGUUAAGCAAACUGCCGGUGAAAUCUUUCUCCGCCAAAUCAUUUAGCAACUCUAUAAUGGGAAGAGAACUUUGCAUUGCUGAAGUGGAGGAUGUGGGCGGCAAGUCGUUUGUUGUGGCCACUAGCCAUCUCGAGAGUCCUUGUCCGGCCCCUCCAAAAUGGGAUCAGAUGUUCAGCAAGGAACGAGUGGAGCAGGCUAAUGAGGCUCUGAACAUUCUCAAAAGGCACCCUAAUGUUGUUUUUGGGGGUGAUAUGAACUGGGAUGACAAAAAGGAUGGUCAAUAUCCUUUGCAAGACGGGUGGCUUGAUGCCUGGUCUGUACUAAGACCAAAUGAAGCUGGUUGGACAUAUGAUACCAAGUCAAACCAAAUGUUGACAGGCAAUCGUACUCUCCAAAAGCGAUUGGAUCGUUUUGUUUGUCGUUUACGUGAUUUUAAGAUAAGCAAUAUUGACAUGAUUGGGAUGGAUGAAAUACCUGGUGUUUCAUAUAACAAAGAGAAGAAAGUAAGAGGCGAGAUCAAACAACUGGUAUGCCCUGUUUUGCCCAGCGAUCACUAUGGUCUCCUUUUGACACUUUCUAGCAAGUAGUUGUCCCUUUGGAAAAUCCUAAUGGUGAACCCCUUAUUCACACUGUGCUAUUGUUGGGUCUAAGGCAUGCAGUGCAGUUUUGUACUAUAGACCACAUGAAAUAUGUGAAGUUUUUUUGUUUUUUUUGAAGAUGUAAAGGGGUUAUUGAAAUUGACAGGUUGUUCAUGGGUACAGGAUGCAAACUUUUUAUCUACUGUUUUGCGUAUUAAUAUUUGUCUUUUUUUCAAU